AUGGCGUCCGGCAAGAGCAAGACGUCAUUUUGCAUCGAUUCGUUAUUGGCACAGGACAAACUUCCCAGUAGUGAUUCUAUACCAUCUGCGGCUGGUCAGGCAGCAGCACAUCAACAGCUCAUCGUCAGCAGUUACGGUGAAUCCCUUCGGUUCCGUUCGAAUCUCUUUGGCGGGCUUCAUCACCAUCACUACCCUUCGUUCGAAACAUCGGUUGAAUCUGCAACCAACAAAACAAGUGACUCCAUGCCGGCCGACGGUGAGAAAGAGACGGACGGCCGUCAGAGUAGCGGCAGCAGCACAAAUAAAGAAGACGGCCCCAUCACAGCCAAUGAGCGAGAUGGUGGCCAGCAAAUUGUCCAGCAACCCAACAUUUCAUGUUGGACUCAACCUCAUUCAAUGGCUCGCAUGAUUUACGGCCCACCGACGUCGUCCGGCAGUCAGACAGUUCCGACCACUAACAUUAGCGUCUUGACUUCUUCGUCAUCGUCGACGACAGCAUCCAGUGGCAGUACAAGUCUGGCCAAUUAUCCAGGCCCGUUAUUCACCAGUCCGGCGGCAGCUCUUCACGCCGCAGCGGCUGCGGCAGCCGCGGCCGUCGCCGCUUCCUCACCGACAGCCCAUCAGUUCCAUUCUGCCCAUCUCGAAUGGUUGGCCAGGGCCGGUGUCCUCUACCACCGUUUCGGUGCAGAUCUCUCAGGUAGCGCAGCAGCAACGACGGCUGCAUUGCUGGGCAAAACACGAAGGCCGCGAACGGCUUUCACGAGCCAGCAAUUGCUGGAACUGGAGAACCAGUUCCGGCAGAACAAAUAUCUAUCGAGACCGAAGCGAUUCGAAGUGGCCACAUCGUUGAUGCUGACGGAAACGCAGGUGAAAAUCUGGUUCCAGAAUCGGCGCAUGAAGUGGAAACGGAGUAAAAAAGCUCAGCAGGAACUGCGUUCCGGAAGUCAGCACAAGAACGGCGGAGAGAGCAACAACAAUAACCACAAAUCGCGAACGAGUUCGAGCGGAGGCAUUUCGACCUUGGUCAAUAAAUCCGACGCGCAUCAAUCGGUGCAGUUAAGCAACAAAGAUAUCGACCUGAGCAGCGAUGAUCAAGACAUGGAAGACAGCGAAGAAGAAGAGGAAGAAGAGGUCAAUGUCGACCAGGACGAUCACCAGAUCAUGAUCCGUCCUCCUCCUCCUCCGGCUUUAAUUGGAAGCGACGCCAGCAUGUACCGACCCUAUUACCCAUGAUUAUACCAUCUUUUUAUUAGCAAUUCACCAGCAAACCAUUAAUGGACCGACAUGUUAAACGCAGAUUUUUAGUUGAUUGCCCGACAAGGCGACUGUUGCGACCCAUCUCUUCUUUCCCAUUUUUUUUUUUUUUGUGUGUGGUUUUGUUUUGUUCUUUAUUCUUUCCCCUCUCGGCUCUCGAAUGAUUUAACGCAGACAAUGGAUGCGGACAGACAUCAUCGGUCAUAUAGGCUACCGAGCGGAAAAUCUGCCCUGUCAGAAGGUCCCUCCCGAGAACACACUCACACACACAAAAAAAAAAUAUAAUAACAACAGAAACCACAUAACGAAAACGGCAACAAAACAAGCCGUUGUAAAUCGUCGACUGGAAUAACGCUUGAUGACAAACGAUUGUCGGCGCUCUGUGGCGUCUGCGUGGAGGGGCGGAUCCCACUUUGUCUUAUUGGCUCUCUCCAUCUUUCUAUUCAACAUCUCUCUCUCUUUUCUUUUUUUCAAGAGCAGAUAUCUCUCCUUUCUUUUAUGUACAUCUAUAUAACCAAUUUGGAACCAAAUAAGCCACGGCUUUCUCCCACUCUAUUUUCUAGUUUCUCCAUUUGAAUUUGAAUGUGCAAUUUUCUGAGUUAUUCGAAAACACAAAAAACAAAAAAUCGUUCGUGUAAUCCUUCGACAAAGGAUAUAUAAUUCUCAAACUCGUGUGCUGUACAGAAUAUGACUGCAAUUUGUUGAAACGAUCUUUUUCCCGAUUUUUUUUUUUUAACGCUGUUUUCUAUUCCUUUUCUUUAAAGAUCACAUGUGCGUUCCCUCUUUUCGUCCACUGUUCUCCGUUUUUUUUUAUCUUCAAAUAUAUUUUUUUUUUGUUUGUUCAUGGCUGUGUGUACAUGUCAAUACAUCAUUUCAUUCGUGA